ACUGCAUAAUUACGUUGUACGACAGUGUCGCGAAUCAUCCCAACGUAACCCUUUAUGGCCCAUGGCAACUAUCUUGCGGCAGGAAUUUUGUUUACUCGCGUGGGGGGCCAACAGUUACGGGCAACAUGGGCAGGGACAUGAGGAGGACCAGGCAGUCCCACGCCUCUCGAACAAAAUUGCUCUUCAUGGAAGGACGGUCCAGGCUGUUUGCGGUGGCGGGGGACACACGGUGGUUGUCACUGACGAUGGAGAGGCGUUUGUGUGUGGGCAAAAUCACAGAGGCCAGCUUGGACUCGGCCACACUGCCAGCUGCUCAACACUUCAGCACUGCUCGGGCCUGAAUCAGAGGGUCACAAAUGUUGCCUGUGGCUGGGACUUUACUCUUCUUCUUACUGAUUGCGGUAAGCUAUUAGCGUGUGGCUCCAAUGUGUUUGGACAGCUGGGUAUUGGUCAGAUGACUUCACGCUCUGCAGAACUGGUGCUCAUUGAGGGUUUGAAGGAGCGUGUGGUGAACGUAGCAGCAGGUCUCCGGCACGCUCUUGCAAUCACAGACUCAGGAUGCGUCUACCAGUGGGGGACAGGUCUUCAUAGCCUUGCCAAGAAAGCACUGAGUCCCGACCCUGUUCCGUCACACCUCAACUCCAAGGUUCCUUCUCUGGUGCCAGGUUUGGAUCAGAAGAUUUCUCGUGUUGUCACUGCAGGCUCAGCACACUGUGGGUGCCUUACAGGAGACGGUGAUUUAUUUCUGUGGGGAAGCAACAAGCACGGCCAGCUGACGGCCACCGAGCCCUUUCUGUCUACGCCCGCUCCGCUCGAGCGCUCACGAUUGAAUGGAAAGAAAAUUGUAAAUGUGUGGAGCGGUUGGACUCACAUUGUUGCUCAAACAGAGACUGGGAGAGUGUUCACUUGGGGCAGAGGGAAUUACGGACAACUGGGCCGACCCCCGCCCAAAGGCCCAAAUCCUGAGCACCAAUCAGCAAACAGUGGCGGGCAGACUUUCUUGCCUGCUGAGGUGAAUGUCCUCUACGGAGCAACACAGAUUGCCUGUGGAUCUGAACAUAACCUUGCCAUUGUAGGGGAGCGUCUCCUUUCCUGGGGCUGGAACGAACACGGAAUGUGCGGAGACGGUUCGCUGGUUGACGUCUUUGAGCCGCAAGUCGUUCCCGGCCUCAGACCUCUUGUCAUUGGCUGCGGGGCCGGACACUCUAUGGCUGUGUGCGCCGGGAAUACGUGUGAAGACAAGUGACAAACUACAUGCACGCCAUUUACAUUGGAGCCAACGUGCAACCCGGAUUUACACCUGCAUUCAUAUUUUGGAAUUAUUUUAUGAAUGAACGUUCAGCUGACUGAUUACACUGCUCAACGGCAAAUUUGAAUCAGACAUGGCUUUAUGAAUCCCAUAUUUGUAUCAUUUUAACACUGAUUCAAAAAAUUUAUUUACGUUCUUUUUAUUAGGCUUUGAGGUUAUUUUAAGUUUUUAAGUUUGACCUAUAAAAGCUUGCGUUCAACUCCAAUUUGACAGGCGCACCUGAUUAUAAGACACAUUGUCAAUUUUAAGAAAAUGAAAGAAUUUUAAGUACGCCUCAUAGUCUGAAAAAUACAGUAUAUUAUGGUUAGUAUACUAUUAUUAUGAAAACCUGCCAGAGAAAAAAAUGCGGUCAUAUUCAAAAUCAGCACAAGAAAGCAAUUUAGAAAAUUUUCUUUCCAUGGGUUGAUAGUGUGAGGGAUGGGCUAGAGCUUCAUCUUUCCACGUCAGCGCUUUUAUUACCGUGAUCUUGAAUGUUGGGAGGGACUCAAAGUCCGUCGUAGCAAAUACCACCUCAUGAUUUACUGUCGCAUUCAGAAUUGCUUUUCUCGUUACCACUUUCAUACGUACGUGGCAUUAAUUCCACUUGGGGAACUUUGCCUGCUGCAUUUGACCCAGCUUGAAUAUUUAUAAGCUAUGCCGACAUCUGCAGUGCAGUACCUGGUGACCACAUGAAGGUCAAGGGCAAUGGGCCCUUGGGUAGUAUUGGAUUUUUGUUUCAUCUACUCCAGUUGAUUUAUUGCUGCUUUUAUUUAGGUAUGUAUAUUUAUGCUAAUAUAAUACAGACACGAUUUUCCAAAACAAUAAACCAACACCCCCUGAAAAUCUCGUGUUUGUUAUUUUUGAAAUUUUAUUUAACACUAUUUCUUGUACAAGUCCGAACAAUAUUGUUCAGAAAAGACACCAAAAAACCCUGAACCAACAAACCAAUCAAAACUACCACUGAACACCCGACUAAGAGAACUAACCACAAAUUGCACGGUGUUCAAAAACACACACUCUUUAAAUCUCACUCAAUGUCACACAUUCAUUGCCUCGUAUGUUUUAUGAAUUCUUUAAUGAGUGUGUUUAAUCGUAAUGGUGCCGAUGUGUUAUUGUUUCUCUGAUAGUGACUAGCACACAGUUCCCAGUGGUUUGUUGGCAGUGUAAUUGCAAUUGUUUGUUAAAAAGCUAGUCCCUUUUAUUUUCAACUUUUCCAAACAAUGAAAGCUGCGUCUCGAACAAGGCGAUCGUGGUUGUUAUCUACUCGUUAUGAUGUUUGUUGCCUCUCCACACUGAUCCACACUGGGCAUCCUGCAUGUAUUAAAAAUCAACCCCCCCUGUAAAAUGACAUUUUUAUUGUGAUGAUUAGACUACUACUUAAAAUUUGACAAAUAAACUUCUGGUGUCCCAAAAUUAUUAUUUUUCACCAAACCAAAGAACAAUUAACAAUCUACACACUUAAAAUAACAAAAACAUACAUAUGGGGACUGACUUGACCCCAGAGAACAAAUUAGUAAAAAAAUAUAACAUUUACCAAAAAAAUUGUCUUGAGUCUGAACAAAUGGUUUAAGAGAUUUUGUUCAAACUUAAAUUUUGUUAAUUUUAUUAUACAACCAUCAUCACCACCAAAUUUGCUAUUUUACAGGAGGUGUUAACUUUAUAUAUCAACUGUCUGUGUGUUGGAUGAGCUCUAUCUGUUGACUGAUAACAAUGAAAUUAUCGCUACCUGUGAUACAUUAUUUCAUCAUAUUAAACAAGUUAUAAGAAUUUGUAUGACAGAGGCACUUGUCCAGCACGGUGUGUAUUUACAGUGUUUUGGCAUCUGUAAAUACAAGUAUUACUAAUUUGA